CUUAUCACUUCAAGUCAACAGUUUAUUGCAUUUUAUUGCCUGAGACAGCUCAUUAGUUUAAUACCGGGAAGUGUUCAACAAAUUAAAAGUAUGCGUCUCUAUAGUUUAAAUCUAGUUUUCUUUUGGAUUUAUUUUUGUUGUGAUAUAACGGUGAAUUGCUACGAAAUACCACAAAUAAACCUGGAAAAAUUGCAACAUGGCUUUCGCGUAUCAAUACCUUUUGAACAUGGAACCUCAUUGGUCGUUUUCCAUGUCUUCAUAAACGGACAAUACUCAAUAAUGGAUUUAGUGACUGAGAAAACGAAUAAUUCUUGGAUAAAGGAACAUCCUGAAGAGGAAUUGUAUGAAAAUGAUGAGGUGAGAGUACAAGUAGUGGCCGGACAUACGCAUGGCCUAAUUUUCCGUUCUGAUAAUUUUAAAAUUUCGAAAAAUUCUACAAUCAUCUAUACACCCACCACGCAAGAGGAUAUACAAGCCGCGAUUAAAACAAGCGAGACGAGAGCUAAUUUUAAAAAGUUGCCGUUAGAAAAAAUAUUUAAGCCAGAUGAUUUGAUAUUUGAGGAUAACUUUGAAAGCUUUGAUACUUCGAAAUGGACACAUGACAUAUUUAUGCCUUCGAAUUUCGAUGGCUACUUGGGAGACUUUACUAUGUACACGGAUGAUGAGGCGCGAAUUUUUAUAGACAACCAUACACUUCGUAUAACACCAUCACUAUCCGAACGACAUGGAGAUGUAAGUUUUGAAUUACCUAGAUGUACGUCCACUCCAUGUGCUAAAGAUGAAAAUGCCAACUGUUUCUAUAAGCCGACAACUGAUCGCCAUUCCGGUUUUCCGGCGCCAGUGAUCUCUGCCAGAAUCAGCACGAAGAAGACAUUCAGCUUUACAUAUGGUCGUAUAGAAGUUUUUGCAAAGUUGCCAUUGGGUGCUUGGUUAUUUCCAUCCGUAAUGCUUGAACCUGACAAUUUGAACUGUGACAACCGCAAGCAGCUGCGGAUAGCCUUUGCAACAUCUGAUGGCUUAAAUUUUCAUUUUAGCGCCGGAGCCGUUAAACUGGUAAAGCAGUCCGCUGGAGAAAAGAAUUUCACACGUAUUAGCGAGAUGGCUGAUAUAUCGAAUAUAAGGCCAUAUUCGUAUCAUAAUUUCACUAUGGUAUGGACAUCGAAAAGGAUUACUUUGUAUAUGGAUAGUGAAAAAAUUGGCUAUAUCGUCAAUAAUGGCGAAUAUGAUGAACCAUACCAUAUCGUUUUGGGUGUCUCAGCCGGGGGACAUUUGGAAUUCCCUGACUCACCAUUAAAGCCUUGGAGGGAUUUUAGUCAAGAUGCCUCUUUUCAAUUUGAUAACAGUUUCAAAGAUUGUUGUUUAACUCAAGGGGGGCCAAAAUGUCUCGAUAAAAAUCAAGAAGAGAAAACUUGCAGCAAAACUUGGACACCACAUGCGACAAUGGCCAUUAAAUAUGUACGAGUGUAUGCGGUGUAGUUACUACGAAUAUUUUCAAUCAUCUAUUAUGAACUUAGAUUCGAAUAAAAUCAAA